AUGGCAUUAUAUGCAGUGGUUGGACUCAUUGGGAUGCUUGUGGCACCAGAGCAAGCCUUCUACGCUCUUGGCUUGAAGGAGUUCCGUUGGAUGUUCCAGCGCUUGUACCCGGAAGCAGCGCACUGGAACGGCAAUCCGUGUCCGGACACCGACCCGGGCGCCGCGAAGCUGCUCCUCUCAGGACCUGGUGCGCUGAGCAAGUUAGGAGAGAAAGAGUUGCGAGUGCGAUGGCACGGCAGCGACAGCUUUCUGAGCCUCGACAAAGACGGCUGGGCGGUGCCCGGUCCCGCGAGUGGUGCGGUGCAGCUGCUGCUGCAGCCGAUCUACGCCAAGGGCUUGCAGGUGCCGGACACCUAUACCAUUCAGGUGAAGAGCACCGAUGGCAAGUGGGACAGCUGUUGGUUGGCCUGCACGGCCGUGAGCCACCUCCGCUUCGGCGGCUGGCUGCGUGCCGUGCGGGCGGAGGAGGACGCUUGUCCCUUCAAGUUCCUGCAGGAUUCUUCGUGCAAUUUGGGAACCUGCAAGGUCCUGAGCUCCUUUUCCACACCACCGCAGCAGGCGCCCUUCUUGGGCAAGGACGUUGGCUGCAUCCCAGCAGGCUUCUAUUGGGUGCAACAGCGCCAUGCUGGGCGGACCUACGUAGGACAGGCACCGGACGCGGAGGCGGACCUCUUGGAGUUCUUGGAGUUCUAA